AACCGUGUAUUGGUAGUAUGAACAGCCAAAACCUGAACCUCCAUAAAUGGGCAGCUCUCCUAGCGCUUUAGUACUAAAAAACAAUCAAAUCUUACAAAAGCCCACUGAAAGAAUCAAUCAAUUUUGAACUGCCAGCUUUUCUCUUUUGCCCAAAAUCUACCUCCCAUUCAAUUCCCCCAUUUAAGUAAAGAUGACAAGCACCCCUCAAGAGACAGAAGCCCAACGUGUGUCAUACCCAACAGUACAAUCAUCUCCUGAAGCUAAAGAGGCAGAAUUCCACGAAGCAACCUCAUCAGCCACCGUCACAGAAGAAUCACAGCCUAACAAUCAACCACCGGCAUCAGACGAGGAAACCAAGAAAUUGGGCACCCACAUCAUGGGAGCCCCAGCGGCACCUAACGUCCACUCUGAAAAUCAACAAGCUGCCUUAUGGAAUGCCAGUGAGCACCAGCAAAUCUACGAGUAUCCAUACCUGGUUUAUACACCAGUAGAAAAAUCAGAAAAGUCAGCCCAGAAAUCAUUGGAACCCGUGAUUCAGAAAUUCCAAGAAUGGGGCAAGAAAACAGAGACCAUAGCCCGUAACAUCUGGCAAAAUCUUAAAACAGGGCCAUCUGUGCCACAAGCUGCGUGGGGUAAGGUAAACCUGACCGCAAAAGCAAUCACAGAGGGUGGCUUUGAGUCUCUCUUCAAGCAGAUUUUUGAAACUGGUCCUAAUGAGAAGCUGAUGAAGAUUUUUGCUUGUUACCUUUCAACAUCUACUGGCCCAGUUGCCGGGACGCUCUAUCUAUCAACUGCUCGAGUCGCUUUCUGCAGUGACCGUCCUCUGUGCUAUACUGCUCCUUCAGGAGAGGAGGCUUGGAGCUACUACAAGGUUAUGAUACCCUUGGGAAAAAUAAGCACAGUCAACCCAGUUAUCAUGAAAGAAAGUCCACCAGAGAAGUACAUUCAGAUUGUCACCAUUGACGGGCACGAAUUCUGGUUCAUGGGUUUCGUCAAUUUUGAGAAGGCAUCCCACCAUCUCUUAGAGAAGGCGUCGAAUCUCAGGGAAGCAGAAUACGCAGUUCAGCCCGUUGUUGUUUAGCCGAUUAUGUAAUUACAGUUGGAUACUCCAUGGCGCUCAAAUUUUUGCUUAUCUUGUUUGUUGUGUAUUUCUUGUUGCAGCAUGAAUCGGUUUUUUUAUUA